UUCCGGCUGUGGGCAGUAGACAACACAGGACGGCGUUCCAGUCCGAGUGAGGUCACCAUCAAAACCCCGUGUCCGACUGUGGAUGACGUCAAAGCACAGGAAAUUGCAGAUAAGAUCUACAAUCUGUUCAAUGGCUACACCAGCGGGAAAGAGCAGCAGACAGCCUACAACACCCUGAUGGACCUGGGGGCCCCCACUCUGCACCGGGUGCUCUACCACUACAACCAGCGCUACGAGAGCUUUGGAGAAUUCACCUGGAGGUGUGAGGACGAGCUCGGGCCCAGAAAAGCCGGACUCAUCCUCUCCCAGUUGGACGAACUCUCCCAUUGGUGCAAAGGUCUCCUCCAGGAGCCGAAGAUUGGCCUCCGCAGGAUGUCUCUGAAAUUCCUGUCUUGUCGUUACACCGACACCAAAGCCUUCGGCCUCAACUGGUCGGACAUGGGCCAGGACGUGCACAAGGCCUGCGACGAGCAGACGCUCGCGGUCAUGUAUAACGACUACGGUGAGCCCAAGGAGCUC